CUUUUCCUUCACUAUAAAUGCAAGCACCACAAGCAUUGCCCUAUGUUCAGUCAUAUGAACUACAAAUCCAUCAAAAGAACUUAAGUUGAUCAAACUAUGGAUCCACUCAGAAUACAUGCUUACAAGAUUCAUGCUAUCAAGAAACAUAAAAGACAACAGUUUGUGGGUACUAUUCUACUAUACUCCUUGACAACAUUAGCUUGUACCUUGUUUUGUUCUAGCCACUUAUGGUAUCCUCCAUUUUGUGCUACUUUUAAUGUCAUUUUCUUUUUAACCCUACCCAAGAUAUGUUCAUUCUUCCUCACUAGCAAGGUUUUGUUCAUUGUGGGCAACCUCAUUGUCAUCUUUCUUGUGGGAGAGUCAAAGUUCUUCGCCUCCAAAUCGAAGGCAUUGCAUGCUAACUAUAGUGAUAUAUGUCAUGAUAAAUACAAAUACAAAUGUAAGAUCACCAACCCUCGAGUUUUGCCAUCGACAAAGGCUAAAAGAGAUGAGGAGGAGGAAAUGAUGGAAGUUAAAAGUGAUGAGAAGAUGUAUAAGUGUUGUAGGGGGGAGAUAAGGAUAUUAGAGAAACUAAAACAUGAGGAUUUAGAGUUGAGUGAAGAAGACAGUUUGCCAGCAGAAGAGUUGAACAAAUGGGCUGAUGAUUUUAUUGCUAGGGUCAAUAGACAAAGAAAACUUGAAGCUGAAUUCCCUGGGAGAUAAAAUUAUUGGAGGGUCAUUGAAGGCAAUACUAAAAGUAGAGGGGGGUAAAGUGUAACCUUUUAAAGUAUAUGACAUUACAAAUAACGUAUUAUGUGACAACUUCUGAAGCCUUUUGUAAGUUCAUGGUUGUUGUUGUUUACUGAUAAUUUCCUAUCAUGUAUUUAGUUGAUGUAUCUUAAUCAUAAUUAGGUUAGUAUACUAUGCAUGUACCUUUGGAUCUUCGGGUGUUAUAUAUGCAUCGAGAAAGACAUGUAAGCUAGUUUUAUUGUAUUUAUAUAGCUAGCUUGUAUAAUAAUAACAGUUUCUUUAUCCGGUUGUUCCAA